ACGACAAAACCAGUUGCAUUUGUCCCACCGACCACCACGCACCUGUCGUGGUUACCGAUCGAUUUAAUAAACAGUGAAUGAACUACGCACGUUCGGUUGUAGUAAAUUUCAUAGUGACGUGAAAGUAAAAGUUAUGGUAAAGUGAAACCGUAUUGUUGUAUCGGUUUUAAGGAAGAUAGUACUGGAUUUCGCUCGGAGCUACAGAUUAUAAGAGUAGCAAUGGGAAUGGGAGGAGCAAUGGAUAGCUGUGGUCGCUGUAUGAAGUUCUCCCUAAUAUGCAUCAACGUCAUCACCCUAGUGGGCGGUGCAUUAGCUCUGGGUAUAGGGCUAUGGGUGUGGACGUCGCGUUCGUUCUCCAGCACGCUGUUGAGCAACAACAUGUUCAUUGCGUCUGUGGCGGUCGUAGUGGCCAUGGGCGCAGCCAUGAUGGUGCUCUCCCUGUUGGGUUGCUGCGGCGCCGCCAAGGAGGUCAAGUGCAUGCUGCUCACGUAUUAUAUACUGGUGUUCAUCAUAUUCGUGGUGAUGCUUGUGGGCGGGAUCCUACAAUUCGUCUUCCGCGAGAAGGUACUCACGACUAUUGACAGGGAGAUGUACGCCGCCAUUCCGUACUACGGCGUCAAGCAUGAGUAUACUGUGGCAUGGGAUGACACGCAGACGUACCUACAAUGCUGCGGUGUAAAGAGCUACAAGGACUGGAAUGGCAAUUAUCCGGAAAGCUGUUGUAUGGAGCUGUAUCCUGGAAAGAGACUGGAUUGUAAGACGUCAUCAAAUCCGACCACUAUGUACAUGGACGGUUGCUUGAACAAGGUGGUGGAAUUUCUCCGAGAAGACGCAGUGUAUGUGGGGGCUGCUGCUAUCGUGGUGGCAUUGAUUAUGCUGUUGGCGUUAAUAUUGUCGUGCGGUUUAUUUGUGAAAAUAGAGUGACUACGAUAACGCAGAAUUCCAUUUGUGACUUUAAUAUUGAUAAUGGUAAUAAUUAAUAUUGACUGUUUUGAUUCUGAAUGUCACGUGAUAGAUCGUCUCGUCGCUUGUAUUUGUGCAUUACGAUUUUU